AUGGAAAUUGGUGGCUUAAACAAUAUUGUACGUUUAAGUCUUUCUCAAAACGAAUUGAGUGGAUCAAUUCCAACAACAAUAGGAAGGCUACGAAAUAUCCAAGGACGCGAUACUCCCAUGUUUGGAAUAUUGGGAAUUGAAGGUGCUACAUAUUUGAAUUUAUCAAGGAAUCUAUUAUCAAGUGAUAUUCCAGCAACAAUUGGGCGUUUAAAUGAUCUACAAACUUUGUCUUUGUCAAAUAAUAGACUACAAGGUUCUAUUCCUACAUCAUUAGGUGACUUGACAAGUUUGCAAACCUUGGAUUUAGCUAAUAACAAUUUCUCUGGAAUGAUUCCAAAGUCUUUGGAAAAACUCUCCUCUCUCAGUUAUUUAACGUGGCUUUCAACAGGUUGGAAGGCGAAAUCCCCACUGAAGGAUCCUUUACAAGCUUCACAGCAAAAUCAUUCAUGA